GUAUUUUGAGGUCUCUUGCAUCGCUUGCGUGCUGCGGAGAAAAGCAACAGUUGAAGGCACGAGGAGAGGUUUCCAAAAGGACAGGAAGAUUGCCGCAAUGACGCGGCUGGGAGCGUAGCCUUCAUUAUUUCUAGGUAGUUCUUCGAAAGCGCCACAAGUGCGUGAAACCGACGCGAAAAGGCGAUUGACGUUCCGUACUCUGACGGAAGCAAACAGCGCAUUACUUCCGGUACCAUCAGCACCGUCUGCUCAGCUCAAAAUGGAGACUGAUGUUGCGUUGCUGUUGGGCAUUAUCGUGGUUCUCAUUCUUCUCUUGUUGACCCUGCUCGGCUUUCUCAGUUACUGUGGCCUGUUCGCGCCGAUAGACAUUAAGGCCGAGAAGCCGCCCUUCAAUGAGUUGAAGGUAGCGUACAAGUUCUCUCGGGGCUCGUACAAAAAUUCGGGCGCUCUCUUCACCGAAGCUCACAGCAUCGCACCCACCCUAAAAUGCAUCGGCGUCUACUACGACGACCCGAGCGAGGUGGACGUGCCACGUCUGCGCUACCUUGUGGGUGUGGUGCUCAAUGACACCGAACGGCCAGCCACCAAGGAGGUGAAGGAGCAGCUGGAAGCUGAGGGCUUCAAGACUGCCAGCUUUCCGGCUGUGGAUCAUGCUGUCACCACUGUGUUCCCAUUCCGUGGCUCAGUUUCCGUGAUGAUUGCCAUGGCCCGAGUCUACCCCAAGCUCAGAGAGUACAUCAAGGAAAAGCUGCUGUGUGCACGGCCUAUGAUGGAGAUUUACGAGGGCGAGCGUGUGCUGUUUGUCUGCCCGCUUGCAAAGCAAGACGAGUUCUACGUCGAGGAAGCGACCGAAGACCCUGAGGAGGGUGCCACUACGGACCCUGGCACCACCACUGCCUCUGAAGAGGAUCAUGCUGAGGAUGGCGAGGACGAGGACGAAGAGGAGGAAGAGCUGCCGUCACCACCCACGAGCCAACCUGCAUCUAGCAAUGGCAAUGGUGGCAAUGGAAACCCUGAGGAAAGUGACCACGAGCGUGGCUCGCGCAGCAGCACCACAUCUUCCUUCGAAGAGCUGCGCCUCGAGACGGCAUCCAACUAGGCGUGGCUUCUCUCUGGCCUCACCAUGUCCUCCCCUCCCAAUUAUUCUUCCCCGGUGUUGCACGUGGGACGUACACAACAUGCUCUUCCGCAAGCGCACAAUGCUGCCACCUCUCUCCCCUUCAUCUCAGUGCUUAAACCUGAAGUUGUUGUUUUGAGGAGGUGUGCGUGCAGUUAUAGUUGGUGUUUUGAAGGAGCGUUACCUGCUCUAUUGGAGGAGCAUCAAAGGGACUCUGGAGCAGUGCUGAAGGUUGCCACAAACCAUGCCUAUUCGAUAGUUGUCGUGACUAUCAGAGUUUGCAGCAGCAAUCAUUGGCUUAGAUUACUGCCGGGUCUGCCAAUCCGUAUUCAGCACUUUGGAAUCGGAGAUAGCGAAUGGGGUAUUUCCAGCCUUGCUAACUGUAUUGCUAUGUUGUGCAAAAGCUAUGGCACCAAGCUUUUGUGUUAUGUGCUGUCAGAAUUGCCAACCAUCUGUCACACGAUGACUAGCGUGCAGUGUCUUGCUAUGCUGUUCACCUUCGUAUUGCAAAGUGGAAAUUUGGAAGCUCUUUCAGGCUAGUACUCUGUGGGGAAUUGUGCAACCGGCAUAUAGUACUGAUGUCUGGUUUGUAUGGUUGGAAAUAUCUGUGGACUUCACUUGUUUCUGUCCCUUCUGAAAUGACUCAUACAGGGUUCUCUUCAGGACACAUUUAGUAGUCUGACCCAGGCAGGCAUGGGAUCCAAAAUGAGGUGGUAGACCAAUGAACAGUGUUUGCAUUGCCAGUACAAUGUUCCUGUUGUAUAACCUGUAAUUUAAGUGGCAACCAGAUUGAAUAUGUAUCCUAUGUAUUUUGGGCAUGGUUUUGUCAGUCAUCGGCACAUCCGUUUUGCUCUAUGCAAUUAGAGCACUGCUAUUAUCUCCGAAAUGCUUACCAUGGGCUACCCACUUUUAGUGGUAAGAGCAUGAAGACGGUUUGGUCAAAAUUGGUGGUGUGAAAUGAAUGUGUUGACGUUGGGCAACACCAUGCCUAAAGUAUAUCUAAAGUAGGUCCUACAUCAUUUCUGCUUUUCUUGAACCUGCAUGCAAGCUUCUUCCCCGUCACAAGGUUAAGAGGUACAUCCCUUGCUUGCCAAUAUUGCCAUAUUUUUCUGGCAUCACAUUGUACUUCCAGAGACCCCUUUACAUGCCUCUAUACAGAAUUCAACAGUGAGCAAUAGCCUUGCAGCUAGAGAAUUCUUCUGCAAUGGGGACAAGGUGCUUCUGGUGAUUGAAUAAGACCAGCUUUUCAUCUAUGGAAUGCCCCAUUGCUCGUACUGGUGUGACAUUGGAAAGCAAACAAAAAGGGGAAGAAAAAGAAUCUGAUAAUUUCAGUUUAACUGCGUAAAUGCCCGCUUCUAUCUCCCCUAAACUCGGCGCUUUUUACUCAAGCCACUUCUGGAUUCUCUACAGCGCUCUCAGAGUUCAGAAUUAUUGGCCAUAAAUUCAUGUAGAUAGACAUUGCAGGGGAGUAAAUUUAAGUAGAUAGGAACCAUAGGGGACCGACUGGUGCUGAACCUUCUAAUUAAUGUGGCAGGUUCAGUGCAACUUUUACUCUCUAGUCCAGCCUCUUGAGGUAAGCUGCAAAAGUGAAUGAGUGGGCCCUGUGGUCUGAGCCUCGUUUUGCUUCAGUGGAUGCCAACUUUGCAAAAGUAUUUGCUGCUUUCUUUUUUUUUUUUUUUUUUCACCCUUACUCAACUGCCUUGUUUGACGUUUUAAGCAAAGCACUGAUGUGACAUUGUAUUGUGUCUUAUUCAGCUCUGAGUGCCGCCUUCUUGGCACCGAAGCAGUGUUGUGUGCUUGUUGUAAAGCAUGAUUUUAUGACUAGGCUGGCAAGCUGUGCCUGCCUUGGUCGCCAUCAGUGACCUGGCGCCAUCUUGCUUUCCACUUUGUUGGGCAUUUAUUCGUUGCUGUUCACACGCGCUUUCGAAGUGGCCCCAAGUCUUCCUUCCAAUUUUUGCGCAGCUGCGUUGUCAAGAGUACUAUGAUGAGACUGGCAGGCUUUGGUCAGUACUGCAAGCACCAGUAUGUCAAGUUGUAGCAAAUCGCUACAGCAGCGGAAUACAAGAACAAGCACUGAAAUAAACUAGCAGCAUGUUUUGUUUUGCAUUAUUGGGAAUUUGCAAGGUUUUUAUGAUGCUGUAUAUGGUUUGUAUGGUAAUAGGCAGGGGCAGCAAGCAUUUUGUGAGCUCAUGUAUGUGGGAUGUAGAGUAUUUCUUAAAGAAGGAGCGCUGAUCGACACAGAUGCAACACAAGAUACUGCGAAUCCUAGUUGUGUGCUGAAUGUUUUCUGCUCAAGAAAUGCUUUGAGACACUACACGGUUUUCCUAGUACAGUAAAACCUCGUUAAUGCGUAGUUGACGGGGAACAGGGAUCAGGUAGGCACUAAGCGAUGUACUAAUUAACCGACAAUGGCAGAUGAGCAGCUAUAGACUUGCCAGCCAAAAAAAAAAAACAUGUUAAGUGUCACUCGGACACACACACACACAGACAAGUUUUAUUUGCGAGCAGGCAGCAAAAAAUCUUAAUUUCACUUGCCACCGUGGCGGCCUUGCAGCGAUGACGGCAUACUCAAACUCUGCUGCUAGCCAGUUUCUCCAUCAGGCCCCACUCAUGAUGGUCGAUCAGGCCCUCGUGAAGGUCAAUGCGCUAGCCCCGUCGGAUACGGAAGGGCCAUCGUCCACAUUGUCAUCCACGACCACGAGGUGGAACCCCUAGAAGCGAUGCGAACAGGAAGCAUGUCGUGGCUACCAUGUUUUCACGUCACUAUCGGUGGCAACCGCAGUCUGGGAAAGGUCCGUGCACUGCAAUUUGGCUAUCUACGAUUUGCACACACGAUAUUUCGCCAUCCACACUUAUAUGCACUGAAAAAUGAAGUAAACACUAUGCGCUAACCGUUUGGAAUGCGUUAAGCGACCACGGCUUAAGCGGUCAGCAUUAGGUUCAAUGGCAACAGGGUGGGGGAUUCUUCGCGACUAUAUUUAAACCAGAAUGACUUAUUAAGCGGUUAUGUAUUAACGAGGCUUUACUGUAUGUACAUCUGCUGUUCUCGUAUAAGCUCUUGCUUCUCAUGCGAGCCAAGAGUGCUUACAUGAUUAAUGAAUCGCAUGCACACCGCCACUUUUCUGCCUUCGGUAUAUAUCGAGCUCGAGCACAGAUUAAGGCCUUUUUGUUUUACUUUGUAAAACAAACUGUAACAAAAGGUUGUGUUAAUGUUAAAUACCAUAGUUAAGAACUUGUUGCUGGAGCUACUUACACUUUUCUUGCCCUUUGUGCCACUUUCACAAUUUUAUAUGCAUAGUGUGUUCCGUAUUAGGCGCUUGGCACAGUCAGUUAUUUGAUGAAAGUGCUGAAAUCGCUGAAAUGUUUUAAAGUAAAACUGCUCUUUGUGUGUGCACCUGUUUUCUUUGGAAGGUAGUUGUAAGAGCCCUAAGAGCUUCCGUAAUUAAGGUUGGUUUAUAAAAAAAAAAAAGGUUCACUUCUCGUCGCAUACUUUUUAGGUAAUGGGCAUCUUGCGUAACAUAUGCUUGCUUGCUUACUAGUUGCAAAGACCUAGCAAGACCUCUCGCAAUUAUUUCACUUCUCACAGGUUAGUUAUUGCAUUUCCUCAUUGAUAGUUUUCAAUGCACCAAAAUAUACAUUGUCUUAAAGCUUUUGCAGGGAAUCUUUUUUUUUUUUUCUCUCUAAUUUACUUUUCAAAGGGAGAUAAGUGAGGCUGGAAUUUCAUUUCAGUCUUUCAAGAUCUGUCCCUGUAUGCCACUAAAAUGUACCCCCUCUGUUGUCAAGGGCUGAAUCUGAGCUCUUGGUUUAAUGCACCCAACUGUUCCAACUGCUCACAUGCAGUCGGCCUUUGUUUCUAGCAUGUUGCUAAAGCAAGCAACAAAAAAAUGCUUCUCUGUAUUAGAAACUGAUUCACUUGUUGAUACAGCAUUUUGCAUAUUUAUCCCACUAACUGUUUCUUAACCAUACCCAGUUACUUCCUCCUGCAAAGUUUGUUGAUGUUGAAAAAUGUUUGUUGCCUAGAGUUGAGUUGCACGCUGCCAAGGAGUGUAGUCUAGUGACCGUUUCCAAAAGUUCAGAGGUUUAACUUACUACAUGUUCCUGUUUUGUACUUUUUGGGGGUUGAUUGAUGGUUUGAACACCACAUGGAAGCAAAGUGGCAUUUUGCCUAGUGUCUCUGAAGCGUUGCAGCAGAGUUCUUGGGAGGUUUUUCUUUAAUGUCAUUUAUUCUGGAAUUUCGUUGCCUUCCAUUCAUAAAGCACCUCUUUCAAUCA